UAUUGUCAGAGGAUUACCAGUCUCUAUUAUGUUUAUUCAAUAAAUGCAAAAUCUAACUGUGUUAAACCACUAUAUUCUGUAGCCUGCAGCUCUAUCCGUGUGUAAUGCUGAUUUGAGAACUUAGCUUGCUAGCUCGCUCACAGUAUCCAGUUGGUUCACUUCUACAAAUCUGUGAUGUUUGCGUGCUCAGGUCAGUCAUCAGAACUCGUGUUUGACAAGACGAACGGUGAGCAGUCACUCGGCUUCAGCGUACAGAUUUAACUGAACUCUUCUGAAAUCUUCAUUCUUGUGUAUUCUUCGAAACUGUCACGCGGGGUCGCAGAGUGUUUUGUGAAACUGUUUAUCUGGGACGGAAACAGCCGACACACUAUUAUGACACAUGAGAGGCAGUUAUGAAGAGAGGAAACUGGCGAGCCAGAGGCCGGGACCGCCGCUGGCGUCGCCAUCGUUCGGGUUGGCAAAGGGACAUUUCAGAAAACACAACCCAGGACCAUGGUGAUGACCGGAGAGCAGCAACUCCAUCUCUCACCACUCCAGGCUGUAGUUCAGCACCUGACCCAGGUUCAUCAUCAUCCAGAACCAGUGCACCUGCUCCAGAGCUGCCAGGUUUUUACUUUGACCCGGAGAAGAACCGUUACUUUCGUCUGUUGCCUGGACACAAUAACUGUAACCCCUUGACAAAAGAGAUGUUACAAGCCAAGGAGCAAGAGCGAAAGAGGUCCGCUCUCUUGGCUGAGGAUGAGGGCCCUAAAAAGAAAGCACCAAGAUCGGGACUGAACUCGACGCUGCUGUUGCACAAGAGACAUCUGGGAUUGCUUCCCCUGAGCUCCUAUUGCAGAUUGAUUCAUGAGGUGAAAGUCAGUGGGAUGAGACGACACAAGCUGGAGGUGCAGAGUUCUGAUUCCAGCAGCCCAAACACGGACAACUUUCGCCUGAUUGUGGCGGAUUCAGCAUGCGAGCGUGUCUUCACCGUGAACGAUGUCUCACACGGAGGCUGUAAGUACGGCAUCAUGAACUUCCGUGGGGGCAGAAAAGGAGCCUUGUCUGUGGAGAUGUGUGAUAACCUCUACUUCACCAAUCGCAAGGUGAACUCCAUUUGCUGGGCUUCUGUGACACAUUCAGAUUCUCACGUCCUAUUAUGUUUGGUGGGUAUAUCCCAAACUCCAGGCUGUGUGAGUUUACUACCAGCCUCCUUGUUUAGUAAUUCUAAUCCAGACCAGCCUGGGAUGCUGUGCAGUUUUAAGAUCUCCACAGCCUGGUCUUGUGCCUGGUGUCUUAACCCACAGGCUGAUAAGACAUUCAGUACAGGUCUCUCACGACACGUCAUUGUGACUGACGCAGUAACAGGGAGGAGACAGACAUAUGGUAUCGGCAGUGACGUUCUUGCACAACAGUUUGCCCUGAGGGCCCCUGUGCUGUUUAAUGGCUGUCGCUCGGGGGAGAUCUUCAGCAUCGACCUCCGGCAGCGAGGUCGUCGAGACCACAGCUGGAAGGCCUGUCGUUUUCACCAAGACUCGGCCGUCACCUCCGUCCGCAUUCUGCAGGAUGAGAACUACCUCCUCGCUGCUGACAUGCUGGGGAAGAUUAAACUGUGGGACAUCCGCGUAACCCGGCCAGUGAGGCAAUACGAAGGUCACCACAAUGAAUAUGCUUAUCUACCCCUUCACGUCAGUGAGCCAGAGGGACUGCUGCUAGCAGUUGGGCAAGAUUGCUAUACCCGGAUGUGGAGCCUUGGUGAUGGGCAUCUCCUCAGAACCAUCCCUUCCCCACACCCUGCAGGGAAGGACUCCAUACCCAACGUGGUGUUCUCCUCUCAGCUGGGCGGGCAGAGGGGUCUGCCUGGUCUCCUAAUGGCCGUCCGUCAUGACCUCUACUACUAUCCAUAUAACAGCAACUACCAGGAUGGACCUGUGGUGAAGACCUAUGACUAGCUGAAAGCUCAGAGUAAUGUUGAGCGAAAAAUAUCUUGAACAGGCUGUUUUUCAUCUGUGGACUGUGGUGGUCACUUAGAGACUGAUGAAUCUAUAAGCGGAUCCAUACUGGUAGGGAUCUUUAAGCAGGUAUACGCCAAGAAUUUUGUUUUUGUUGCUCUUGGCCGUUAAGCCACAUUUGUACUGUGAUCUUCUUGAAAUGAUGAUUUCCAUAAGUGCAAUUUAUGAACUGGGGAUUUUAAAGGACUUCAAAUAUGCUGCAAAACAUUUUAGAAAAACUUGAAAAAGAAAAAAAAUCUAUUUUUGCCGAUGUAGUCAA